UGAAAGACUAUUAUAUAUUACUUCCUGCGUCCUAAAAUCAUCUUCCCACUUCUCUUUUUUUUCCGUCCUAAAAUCAUCUUUCCACACACUUUAAAUGCACAUGUAAUGACUAUAAUACCCCUAAAAAGUUAAAUAUUUAUUACUCCACCCAUCCCAUUUACGCAGGCCUUAUCUUACUGCCCACUCCCCAUUCUCUUCAUCUCCUCCGUCCUUCCACUUCUCUGCCUCCUCUAAAACCUAAAUCUGAUCUAUCCUUGCUUCUCUUGCAUCUCUCAUCCUUGCCCUCUUUUCGUGUCUCUGUUAAUUAUACUUCUCCCUGUCUCAUAUGGAUUCUGUGGAAUUACAUUUUGAAUCUCAAAAUCCCUAAAACUCAGAUCUUGAAAGUGUGCUUCAAUCCCAGGAAACUGGGCGCCGUCCCAGAUGAAGAACACUGGGAAGUUGUUCCCAACCAAAUCGAAGUUUCCCUCUCGGGUGUAGAACUUGAUGGCGAAGCCGCGAGGGUUGCAGAUGGUCUUGGGGCAACCGUGCUCGUGGAUGAUGGUGGAGAACCUGGCGAUGAGCGGCGUCUGGACGCCUGGGGCGCGGAGAAAAUCGGCGCAGGUGAGCCUUUGCGCUUGCCCCCCUCGCAUGGACGACUCGUUUAGGGAUUCUCUCUCGAGUGAAAUUCGCUAUCUUCUCCCCCAAGUGAAUCAAGUGAUAAUCAUCUAGUAGGAUUGGCCCUGCACACCAAGUUUAACUUAGAAAACACUCACCAACUGAGCUUCAAUCCCUGAUUACUUUUUUUCAAAAGAAGGGUAUAAUUGGAAGUCAAAGUGAAAAAAUUCAAUCCCUUAACGUGUACGGGAAGAUCAAUAUAGAACGGAGGAGGAAGUAUCUUUUAACGUGUACGGUGAAAAAAUUGCAUUUAGAGGCUUGAUCAAUACUAUUCAUGAAUUUUUAAAACUUAAAAACUAGAGUUAUAAAUAAAGAAUCUAUGUUGGACUUUUGGAACUCUAAUCCCAGAAACGAACCCUAAUCUCUUUCAGAGUAUAUCAUUACGUCGUAGUGGUUUUUUCUUCUUCAUCCUUUUGAGACCUUCGAUAUUUUGUUUAUCUUAUUUCAUCAAGAACAUUAAAAUGGAGGGGGGACAAGAUUGGCGCAAACUUAUUUGUACUCCGGAACAAGUCUUCUAUGAUUACAAGGGUCGUCGUAACGCUAUAAUUGCUGCCCUUACAACUGAAGUGGAAGAUUUUUAUCAGCAGUGUGAUCCAGGAAAAUUACACCAGAAAGAGAACUUUUGCUUGGUUGGAUAUCCCAAUGGGAGGUGGUCAGUUACUUUACCUGAAGAACAAGUACCUUCAGAGAUUCCAGAACCUGCUUUGGGUAUCAACUUUGCAAGAGAUGGGAUGCGUGCUAAGGAAUGGCUGGCAUUAGUAGCUGCCCACAGUGAAGGGUGGUUGUUUUCGGUUGCUUUCUACUUUGCUGCCAGAUUUGGAUUUGAUAAAAGUGAGAGGAAGACACUCUUCAACAUGAUUAACGAGCUGCCUACAGUGUUUGAGAUUGUGACUGCCGCUGCAAAGAAACAACUUAAAGAGAGAAUUUCACUCUUAGACCUUAGUCGCUGCAAAUUGAAACCAAGUUCCGAAUCGAAGAAAAGGGCACCAGUAGAAUAUCACCGAGGAAGAUCCACGGACUUGGACCCAAAUUGUGCAGAGGAUGGACAGGAAGACGAAGAGGAGCACAGUAACACCAUGUGCGGUGCUUGCGGGCUCCAGGAUGGACUGGAUGACUUCUGGAUAUGCUGUGAUGCAUGUGCAAGGUGGUUCCAUGGAAGGUGCGUGAAAAUUACCCCUGCUAAAGCCCAGCACUUGAAGCACUACAAGUGUUCCUCUUGCAGCAGCAAGAGAUCCCGUCCACAUUAAUGUUGAGUAGGCUUUAUUAUGUCCAUAUUUAAUUCUUAUUGCCAAGAGUACGAAGGUUACAUCAACUUUAGGGAGAAAUUAGUUUCGCCAUUUAACCUGAUUUACCCCUAGCCUGCUGAUGUACAGAGACAUCUUUUCUUUACAAUUUGACCAUUUGAGUGGUCAUUUCUUGAUUAUAUCCCCUGUUACGAUCCUUGAUAUUUUGAGAGGACAGGAUAUGCCAUUGUUGUUCUCCCAUUAGCAUUUCUUGUUCUUUCCCAGGGAUGUAUUUAAUUUUCCCUCCAUUCCAAAAACUCCCAAAAAUAAUGCCACUUUGAUUAC